AGGCGCGGGAGGUGCUCCGGUUUUAGCGGGUGCAGAAUAAGCCUGGCUUUGCUCCGACGUUGACUUCGCGGCCCGGGAGACAUUUUGAUGCUCUGCCAGGGGCUGUGAAGGAUUCAGAAAUGACUAUGGAUCAACCCAUGUCAUCAAGGAGCUAAUAAUCUAGUGGAGGAGUUAGACAUGUGAACACAUGACUAUAAUAUGAGGCAGUCUCUGAGCUUAUAUUCCCUGUGGAAGAUGUGACAUUGACCCAGGCGGCACGUCACGAUGCAAGGCAAUGCAUGUCAUAGAAUGUCGUUCCACCCAGGACGAGGGUGCCCUCGAGGGCGGGGAGGACACGGAGGAGCCAGACCUUCAGCACCAGCCUUCCGGCCCCAGAAUCUGAGACUGCUCCACCCCCAGCAGCCUCCUGUGCAGUAUCAAUACGAACCUCCGAGUGCUCCUUCCACCACGUUCUCGAACUCUCCAGCCCCCAAUUUUCUGCCUCCGCGACCAGACUUUGUACCCUUCCCUCCCCCCAUGCCUCCGUCAGCACAGGGGCCCCUGCCCCCCUGCCCAAUCCGGCCCCCCUUCCCCAAUCACCAGAUGAGGCCGCCCUUCCCGGUACCUCCGUGUUUCCCUCCCAUGCCGCCUCCGAUGCCCUGUCCUAACAACCCGGCCGUCCCUGGGGCCCCUCCGGGACAAGGCACUUUCCCCUUCAUGAUGCCCCCGCCUUCCAUGCCCCACCCCCCGCCCCCUCCGGUCAUGCCACAGCAGGUCAAUUAUCAGUACCCUCCCGGGUAUUCGCACCACAACUUCCCACCCCCCAAUUUCAACAGCUUCCAGAACAGCCCCAGCUCUUACCCGCCCAGCGCCAAUAACAGCAGCAGUCCUCAUUUUAGGCACCUCCCUCCAUACCCGCUCCCGAAGGCUCCCAGUGAGAGAAGGUCCCCUGAAAGGCUCAAGCACUAUGAUGACCACAGGCACCGUGACCACAGUCACGGACACGGCGAGAGGCAUCGGUCCCUGGAUCGGCGGGAGCGAGGCCGCAGCCCCGACAGGAGGAGGCCCGACAGCCGCUACAGGUCGGAUUACGACCGAGGGAGAACGCCGUCUCGCCACCGGAGCUACGAGCGGAGCAGAGAGCGGGAACGGGAGAGACACAGGCACCGGGACAGCCGAAGAUCACCAUCUCUGGAAAGGUCCUACACAAAAGAGUAUAAGAGAUCUGGAAGCCGUUCCCCGAGUAGGGAGAAGAAGAGAGCUCGUUGGGAAGAAGACAAAGACAGGUGGAGUGACAGCCAGGGCUCUGGCAAGGAGAAGAGCUACACCUCCAUCAAGGAGAAGGAGCUGGAGGAGGCGCUGCCCGACAGAAACGAGGAGGAGGAGGAGGAGCUGCUGAAGCCUGUGUGGAUCCGCUGCACCCACUCGGAGAACUACUACUCCAGCGACCCCAUGGAUCAGGUGGGAGAUUCUACUGUGGUUGGCACCAGUAGGCUCCGCGACCUGUACGACAAGUUCGAGGAAGAGUUGGGGAGCCGGCAAGAGAAGGCCAAAGCCGCUAGACCGCCGUGGGAGCCGCCCAAGACGAAGCUGGAUGAGGAUUUAGAGAGUUCCAGCGAAUCCGAGUGUGAGUCCGAUGAGGACAGCACCUGUUCGAGCAGCUCCGACUCGGAGGUUUUCGACGUCAUUGCAGAAAUCAAGCGCAAGAAGGCCCACCCUGACCGACUGCACGACGAGCUGUGGUACAAUGACCCGGGCCAGAUGAACGACGGGCCACUCUGCAAGUGCAGCGCGAAGGCCAGGCGCACAGGAAUCAGACACAGCAUUUACCCCGGAGAAGAGGCCAUCAAGCCCUGCCGCCCCAUGACCAACAACGCGGGCAGGCUCUUCCACUACCGGAUCACCGUGUCCCCACCCACCAACUUCUUGACCGACCGGCCAACUGUUAUCGAGUAUGAUGAUCACGAGUAUAUCUUUGAGGGAUUUUCUAUGUUUGCACAUGCCCCCCUGACCAAUAUCCCACUGUGUAAAGUAAUCAGAUUCAACAUAGACUACACGAUUCAUUUCAUCGAAGAGAUGAUGCCCGAGAAUUUUUGUGUGAAGGGACUUGAACUAUUUUCAUUAUUCCUAUUCCGAGAUAUUUUGGAAUUGUACGACUGGAAUCUUAAAGGUCCUUUGUUUGAAGACAGCCCUCCCUGCUGCCCCAGAUUUCAUUUCAUGCCGCGUUUUGUAAGGUUUCUUCCAGAUGGAGGAAAGGAAGUGCUGUCCAUGCACCAGAUCCUCCUGUACUUGCUGCGCUGCAGCAAGGCCCUGGUGCCCGAGGAAGAGAUCGCCAACAUGCUGCAGUGGGAGGAGCUGGAGUGGCAGAAGUACGCGGAGGAGUGCAAAGGCAUGAUCGUCACCAACCCCGGCACGAAACCAAGCUCUGUCCGCAUCGAUCAACUGGAUCGUGAACAGUUCAACCCCGAUGUGAUCACUUUUCCAAUUAUCGUUCACUUUGGGAUACGCCCUGCACAGUUGAGUUAUGCAGGAGACCCACAGUACCAGAAACUCUGGAAGAGUUAUGUGAAACUUCGCCACCUCCUAGCAAAUAGUCCCAAGGUCAAACAGACGGACAAACAGAAGCUAGCACAGAGGGAGGAAGCACUCCAGAAAAUACGGCAGAAGAACACGAUGAGGCGAGAAGUGACGGUGGAGCUGAGCAGCCAGGGCUUCUGGAAGACUGGCAUCCGCUCUGACGUCUGUCAGCAUGCAAUGAUGCUACCUGUGUUGACUCAUCAUAUUCGCUACCACCAGUGCCUGAUGCACCUAGACAAGUUGAUAGGAUAUACUUUCCAGGAUCGUUGUCUGUUACAGCUGGCCAUGACUCACCCGAGUCAUCACUUGAAUUUUGGAAUGAACCCUGACCAUGCCAGGAAUUCUCUGUCUAACUGUGGCAUUCGGCAGCCCAAAUACGGAGACAGAAAAGUUCAUCACAUGCACAUGCGGAAGAAGGGAAUUAACACCCUAAUAAAUAUUAUGUCUCGCCUUGGCCAAGAUGACCCAACUCCCUCAAGGAUUAAUCACAAUGAACGGUUGGAGUUCCUGGGUGAUGCUGUUGUUGAAUUCCUCACCAGCGUCCACUUGUACUAUUUGUUCCCGAGUCUGGAGGAAGGAGGACUAGCGACUUACCGCACCGCCAUCGUCCAGAAUCAGCACCUGGCCAUGCUGGCGAAGAAACUUGAACUAGAUCGAUUUAUGCUCUAUGCCCACGGUCCUGACCUUUGUAGAGAAUCAGAUCUUCGCCACGCGAUGGCUAACUGUUUCGAAGCAUUAAUAGGAGCGGUGUACCUGGAGGGAAGCCUGGAGGAAGCCAAACAGUUAUUUGGACGCUUGCUCUUUAACGACCCGGACCUGCGCGAAGUCUGGCUCAAUUACCCUCUCCACCCGCUGCAGCUACAAGAGCCAAACACGGAUCGACAACUCAUUGAGACUUCUCCGGUCCUGCAGAAGCUCACUGAGUUUGAAGAAGCAAUCGGGGUGAUGUUCACUCACGUCCGGCUUCUGGCAAGAGCAUUCACGCUGCGAACUGUGGGGUUUAACCACCUGACCCUGGGCCACAACCAGAGGAUGGAAUUCCUCGGGGACUCCAUAAUGCAGCUGGUGGCCACGGAGUAUUUGUUCAUUCACUUCCCAGACCACCACGAAGGCCACUUAACCUUGUUGCGAAGCUCCCUGGUGAAUAACAGGACUCAGGCCAAGGUGGCGGAGGAGCUGGGCAUGCAGGAGUACGCCAUCACCAACGACAAGACCAAGAGGCCCGUGGCCCUUCGCACCAAGACGCUGGCAGACCUUUUGGAAUCAUUUAUUGCCGCACUCUACAUUGACAAGGAUUUGGAAUACGUUCAUACUUUCAUGAACGUUUGUUUCUUUCCACGAUUAAAAGAGUUCAUUUUGAAUCAGGAUUGGAACGACCCCAAAUCCCAGCUGCAGCAGUGUUGCCUGACGCUGAGGACAGAAGGGAAAGAGCCGGACAUCCCUCUGUACAAGACUCUGCAGACGGUGGGGCCCUCCCACGCGAGAACCUACACUGUGGCUGUUUACUUCAAGGGGGAGAGAAUAGGCUGUGGGAAAGGACCAAGUAUUCAGCAAGCGGAAAUGGGAGCAGCAAUGGAUGCACUUGAAAAAUAUAACUUUCCCCAGAUGGCCCAUCAGAAGCGGUUCAUUGAACGAAAAUACAGACAAGAGUUAAAAGAAAUGAGGUGGGAGAGAGAACAUCAAGAGAAAGAGCCAGAUGAGACUGAAGACAUAAAGAAGUAAAGGACGCAGAAGUGGUGGCGUAUUCACUCGCCCAGUGACUGUGACCGUCGUCCAUCGGGACCUCGCCCGGUUUUCCCGAGACCCGUGCACAGCGGGUGCCUUUGGAAGUAACCCCGUGGCCAGCACGCUCCUGUCGUCCCGCGGACCUUCCGUUCUGUUGUUAGCUGGGUCACCCUUAGUGCCAGGUGUUUGAUUUCUAUUUAAUGGAACACUUUAGUGGAUGUGCAUCUUCCUUUUUAUUUUUUCUUUAAAACAAUAAAAUUUUAAAAAGUU